CUGUCAUGCGUUCUUUUGAAAGCUUGUUUGUAUCUCAAGUUGAAGAAGCAAUACCAGGAAUAUCCGGAACCGAGGUGGAUGCAAGGAAAGAUAAGCACUUUGUCAAGUGGUUAAAAGGACAGGUUGAUUAUGACGAUCCAUAUUAUCCUGUAUGGUUUCAUGAUUUGAUCCAAGGUCCAGUAGCAAAGGUCACCACAUCAUCUAUGUACUUCACACGAGGUUUCACUUUUCAUACAUAUGAGUAUGGGAGACGUCGGGCAACAAGCAACUACGGGAUAUGUGUGAAAGGUGAAACAGACUUUUACGGGAUCUUGCAAGAGAUUAUUGAAGUGGAAUUUCCAGGGUUGUUGAAGCUAAAAUGUGUCCUCUUCAAAUGCGAGUGGUUCGACCCGGUGGAGAACCGUGGUGUUCGGUUUAACAAAUUUGGUGUUGUGGAUAUCCAUUCUGGGAGAAGAUAUAACAAAUUCGAGCCUUUCAUCUUAGCUUCCCAAGCCGAACAAGUUAGCUUCCUUCCAUACCCUCGCCUUCGAAGUUCUGGGAUAAAUUGGUUAACUGCUAUCAAAAUAACACCUCGUGGACGAAUUGUUGCUGGAGAAGAACCACCUUUGCAAGAAGAAGAUGCAAUCAAUGAAGUUGAGGUACCUGAUCAACAAACUGAUGAAAUUCUUUUGAUCGACCCGGAUAACCGUCAAUAUGAAGAUCUUCCCGAAGAUGUGACGGAUGAAGCACGUGAAGAUGAGUUCGAUAGAAGCGAUGAUGAUCAUUGUAGUGAUGUUGAUGAGAACUCAAACGAUUCUUCAUGAUGUAAAAUAUGUAACAAAUGUUGAUUUUUAUUAGAAGAUCUUAUUUUCAUAUGUGUA